UAUCCUGCCUAAUACAACAUACCAAACGAGUCUCGCAUCGAAGAUUCAAUCAAUGAGUGGUGUUAUGAAAAAUGAUUUGUUGGGAGAUGUCUACCUAUUUAAUGUGAUCAUAGAAUCUCGAGAUGAUUAAUCUCAUGCUGAUUGGCGCUGUGAUAUUAGUGAAAAAAAACCAAAACAUCAAGAAAAAAAACAAAUAAAAAAAUAAAAAAAGCAAAUCAAAAUACAACCUCAGCGCUCUUAACGGUUCCCAUUCUUCUUAAAACGGCUACAUUCCCUCUCUCUCUCUCUCUCUUCCCAAACUCACAAAACUGCAUUUUCCUGGAAAAUCCAUUGUCAUUUUCUCAGGAAAAAGCACAACAAUUCCUCCUUUCAUCCCAAUCCCUUUGCUCACAUUCACAGGUCAGCACUUCCUUCACUAAAUUGAACAUUCUUUUUUUAGUAGGUAAAAGUGUUCCAAAAUGUCUAUAUCUCAAAAUGAUCCUCUUUUGCAAGCUGAAACAACAUGUAAAUCACUUCUUCAAGAGCUUCAGAUAAUAUGGGGUGAAGUUGGAGAGUCUGAGACUGAAAAAGAUAGAAUGUUGUUUGAGAUUGAUCAAGAGUGUCUAGAUGUAUACCGAAGAAAGGUAGAUAAAGCUAAUCGGUCUAGAGCUCAACUAAGGCAGGAAAUCGCUGAUUGUGAGGCAGAACUCGCAGCUAUCUGUUUAGCUAUGGCAGAGAGACCAGUACAUAUGAGGCAGUCUGAUCAAAAGGCUGGAAGCUUGAAGGAGGAGCUAGCAAGAAUUCACCCAGAACUGGAAGAAAUGAGAAAAAGGAAACUUGAGCGUAGAAAUCAUUUUGUAGAAGUCCAGGAGCAGAUUCAAAGUACUUCAAAUGAGAUUUAUGGCCUGGUAGAAUAUAUUCCAGCCAUUGUAGAUGAAACUGAUUUAUCUUUGAGAAAGCUUGAAGAAUUGCACAGACAGCUUCAUGCACUUCAAAAGGAGAAGAGUGAUCGUCUCAAGAAGGUCCAAGAGCACCUGUACACUUUAAAUUCUCUUUGUUCAGUGCUUGGCUUGAACUUCAAGCAGACAGCCAGUGGAGUCCAUCCAAGUUUAGGAAAUUCAGAAGGAUCUAAAAGUGUAAAUAAUGACACCAUCGGCAAAUUGGUUGUUGCUAUACAAGAGCUGCGGGAAGUAAAAUUACAGAGAAUGCAGAAGCUACAAGAUCUAGCGACAACAAUGCUGGAGCUCUGGAAUCUGAUGGAUACACCCAUUGAAGACCAACAGAGGUUUCAGAAUGUUACUAGUAAUAUAGCUGCUUCAGAACAUGAAGUAACUGAACCAAACACCUUGUCUGAGGACUUCAUCAAUUACGUUGAGGCAGAAGUAUCUAGAUUAGAAGAGUUAAAAUCAAGCAAAAUGAAAGAGCUAGUCUUGAAGAAAAGAGCAGAGCUAGAGGAAAUCUGUCGAAGAACUCGUUUAAUUCCAGAAAUUGAUAGUGAAGUGGAAAAUGCUGUAGAAGCUAUAGAGUCUGGAUCUGUAGAUCCUGUUAGUGUGCUUGAGCGCAUUGAACUUCAGAUCGCCCAAGUCAAAGAGGAAGCUUUCAGCAGAAAAGAAAUACUUGAAAAGGUUGAGAAAUGGUUGUCAGCAUGUGAUGAAGAGUCCUGGCUUGAGGAGUACAACAAGGAUGAAAAUCGUUACAAUGCUGGGAGAGGUACUCAUCUUACUCUCAAGCGAGCUGAGAAAGCCCGUGCACUGGUUAACAAAAUUCCAGCAAUGGUAGACAAUUUGACUUCAAAAACUGUAGCAUGGGAAAAGGAUAGAGGUGCGGAGUUCAUGUAUGAUGAUAUCCGUCUGCUCUGUAUGCUUGAAGAUUACACACUACUAAGACAAGAAAAGGAGCAAGAACGCCGUAGGCAUAGGGACCUGAAGAAACUUCAGGGACAAUUGAUAGCCGAACAGGAAGUAAUAUAUGGGUCAAAAAGUCCUUUGAAGAAGUCCCCGAGUGUAAAAAAGACACCUAGGACGCCAACUAGUAGUACCCCUCGAACGCCAACUGGAAUUGCAGCUAGUAGAAGAGUCUCAACUCCAAGAUCUGAUUUGAAAAGUACCCUAUCAUGCACCCCAAAGAAGACUGACAAAGUGCACCAAAUUCAGCCACUAAAUUACCUAGAUGAUGAUGGAGAUUCAUAUAUAUCAUCAGCUAGAAGAGGACUCAAUAUUGCUGAUGUUACUGGUAUUCCCAUGAGAAAAUGCUCAUUUGGUGCUGGAAGUGUCCAGGAUGUAGAAUCUCCUUUGACACGACAACCUUUUUCUCCCGUCUGUUCGACAGUAUCAUCGAAAUCGAACGUGGCUAAUGCCGCAGGUGAGUCUAAUAUACAAAACAAGAAGUUGCUGAAAGCAUUAGAAUUUAACAAUUUGCCAUUCAUUACUGCUACCUCAAAGACAGCCGCCACUACUGUUGUAGAUGAAGAGAAUAUAACUCCUAAGGCAAUGCCUCCAACUCCUUCAUCAGUUCCUUUUAGAGGUGACUUGGUUCAAGUUCAAGAGAUUGAAUACUCCUUUGAGGAAAGAAGGCUCGGUUAUGUGUUAGCAUGAAUUUGCUUUUCUUGGUUUUCUAUUUUCCCCAGUUUACAUUGUCAUAGUUACCUUUCAUGGCAAUCUCAAGGCAAAUUUAGUUGGCUUACCGGUUAUGUACAUAAUAGUCUAUGAGAAGUGGACAUGUACAGACAGGGUCUUAUUAGUGCAAGAUUUUGCAAUCUAAUUUCAUUUGUUUUUCUUCACCAAGAAAAGAUUGAUCUGAAAACUGUUUUGCUGUGCCAGCUCUGCUCUUCUUUCUGGUUUGAUGUCUGCUAUAAAUGUAAUAAGAAAUAAGAUUUUAUAUUAAGAGUAA